AUGACGGCUGUUGCGAGUCCCCCUAGCUUUCCAAACCUCAACCGACCGGGAUGGAUGAAUGGAGGCCAGCUUCUUAACACGAUCAAUUCGGAAGAUGCCAGAGGAGUGAACAUGCCCAUGCCUCGCAAAACUCUGCCGCGGUCAAACUCGUCGUCGUCGGUCUCGUCGACAUCUUCCAACGGGUCGACAUCCACCGUGACUUCCAAUGCCAGUUCUCAAAUGAACGGCGGUUCUGUGUCUUCCGCUGGCGACACGGGUGCGUGGCCAAACGGUGCACCACGCAAGAGGCCCCAGCAAAAGGGCCCAUGGCCAAAUCCCAAAACCGAAGGAACAAACGAAUUUGCCAGAACAUCAUCGGUUCGACCACCCAUGGCGAACGGGGUCAACGGUGCAUCAUCACUACAGCCACCACAAUCGAUACUAGCAACACCACAGAAUCAACUGAUGGCUCCCAAUGGACUCCCACGAGGCCCUGAUGGUGCCGCUUCAGGCCGGCAACCUGUCCUUUACUUGCUUUCUCUCAACGGCAGCUUCGAACGCAAGACCAUCUCGGUUCCCUAUUACCCCGACACCCUGCGUAUUGGACGGCAAACAAAUAACAAGACGGUCCCAACACCUGUCAACGGAUUCUUUGACAGCAAAGUGCUAUCCCGACAACAUGCCGAGAUUUGGGCCGACCCCAGCGGCAAGAUUUUUAUUCGGGAUGUCAAGUCCUCCAACGGUACAUUUGUCAACGGGAGCCGGCUGUCGCCUGAAAAUAGAGAAUCCGAGCCGCACGAACUGCAAACAGCUGACCACCUUGAACUUGGUAUUGACAUUGUUAGCGAGGAUCAAAAGACCGUCGUUCAUCAUAAAGUCGCCGCCAAGGUCGAGCAUGCCGGAUUCAUAUCGCCGGCCAAUAAUGUGAUGGAAAUGAGCUUUGGAGACCUGGACCCUUCCAACAAUCCAAUGAUGCAGCUCAGUGGUGUUCCAUUCCGAGGCCGACCAACAAAUCAGUCAGCAAUGGCAGGGAGUCGCGUAUCUCCGAGUAACGCUGGAGUUGCAGGAAACCUAGCUCAACAGCGUCCAUACCAUUGGCAGAGUAUCACCACAGAACACAUAAUCAAGAGGCUCCAGGCAUGUUUGUUCCCGACUGAUAUUGCUAGAACAGGCCAAUUCCUCAACGCUCUGCUAUCCAAGGACGAUGUCAAGAACUUGGACAAACCUGAAGCGCCAGAAGCCCCCAAGAGUUUUGUCAACGGAAAUGUCUCUUUCCGAUCCGAUGGCGGGAAAACGAGGUUUUCCGACCCGCCAGCGCCUCCCCCGUCACAACCACUUCCAGAGAAACCAGAUGCCGCUCGCCCUGGAUCUUCCGAUGUUGCGUCGCUGAAGCGAGGCCCAACAGAGAAGCCCAAACUCGCAAACAUCUCACCCAUUCUUCCUGAUAACACCAAUAGCCUCCGCAUUUCGCAACUCACAGAACAGCUCAAUAACGCCCAGAAGGCUCUUGACGAAACCAGCCAAAAAGCACGGGAUUUGGAAGAAGAGUUGAACAGGGAGCGCGAGGCACGGUUACUGGUCGAGGGUCAGAUGCAGAAGAUGAACGAGGAGAGUACGCAUGUGAAGGUCAAUGGCUCUGCGGGCAUUCCUCUUGUCAAUGGUCAUUCUGAACUCGACAAGGCCUUCAACCCCCCAGCGGAAACCCAAACACCAGCCGAAGUUGACCCGGUGACCGUCACCCCUGAACCAGGAAGUUACUCGCCGGUGGUCGAUAAGACCGCGGCUAUGGUAGCAGCAUACCAGGCUCAAAUCGAUACGAUGGCCCAGGAAAUGGCCAAAAUGAAGGAGCACAUGGAGAGCUACCGCGCUCGGGCUGAGAAGGCCGAGGCUGAUAGAGACGCUGGCAGCAAAACAUUGGCAGAACUGGUCCUCCAGAUUCGCCAACGCGACGAGGAGGAUAAGAAGCGGGCAGCGGAGAAGCAGUCACGGUCACGGUCUAGGGAGGCCAGACGACGUGGCCGGAGCCAAAGCCCAAGGGCCGAGGAAAAGCUGGAGCACACUACCAACGGUAGCGCGACCAAACCCCACGCGCAGAUCGACGGUGCGGCAUCCGAAGCGGACGACGCUGAGGAUAUCUCGCCUGUAUCGAGAUCAGUCACAGUGAAGCCCAACUCGGUGGGCGCGUUGGCGGUGCAGGGUGAUGGGCAGCGUCCUCUGGCGAUAAUACAAAUACUACCGUACGCGACCGCGUUUGGGGUUGUGCUCUUUGGCAUGGGGCUUAUGGGGUACAUCAACGAUUGGCAGCUGCAACCGCACCCAAACCGGUAG